AUGCACUACAAGAAUCCCGGAUUCUUUGCCUUAAUGAAUUUAGAUGAUGAUGAGAGGUUAGAAAAUGUCUUUUGGGCAAAUCCAUGCAGUAGGACAGCUUAUCAAGAUUUUGGUGAUAUGGUUACAUUUGACACCAUGUAUCUGACGAACAGAUACGGUAUGCCCUUUGCACCCUUUGUUGGUGUAAACCAUCAUGGCCAGUCGAUUCUCUUGGGUGAUGGGUUAAUUUUCAAUGUGGACACAGAGACUUUUACAUGGUUAUUUCAGACUUGGUUGCAAUGUAUGGAUGAUAUAGCACCGUCAGCUAUUAUCACUGAUCAAGACAGAGCAAUGAAAAAUGUAAUUGCCAUUGUAUUUCCAAAAAGUCAACAUAGAUUUAGCCUAUGGCAUAUAUUGAAAAAAGUCUCCAAGAAGAUUGGCUCUCAUCGUGCCUACAAAAGUGACAUGAAAAAUCAGCUCAUGAAAUGUGUGUAUGAUACUCAAACUAUUGAGGAGUUUGAGAAGUCGUGGGAAGAGUUAAUUAACACGUACACCUUGAAAGAUAAUGUCUGGUUGCAAAGUUUGUACGCUGAGCGCAAGCAUUGCGUAUUGACAAACUUGAAGGAGUUUGUCGAUCAGUUUGACAGUGCCUUGAAAAAGAAAAUUGAGAAUGAAACCAACCUAGACUUGCACUCAUUUAGCAUUACAAUUCCAUGCAUAUCUAGAUCUCCAAUCGAAGAAAGAUUUCAAGAGUUGUACACGAAUACAAAAUUCAGGGAAGUUCAACAACAAGUUAUGGGUGUGCUUGAUAUGGAUCCAUCUCUAGUUAGACAGGAUGGCGUGAAGAAAACCUAUAUGGUAGAAGAUGAAAUUCGUGUUGAGGAGUUCACUAAACAUGUUACAUAUUAUGUAGAUUUUCAUGAGGAAGAUUGCGAUGCUAAGUGUUCGUGUAGGUUAUUUCAGAUGAGGGGGAUACUGUGUAGGUAUAUCUUGGCCAUAUUCAAACGUAACGGGAUAAAGACUUUGUUAGAUAGGACACAACUACAGUUGAUAGUUCGUAGCAAGUACUCAGUCCACGAGUUGUGCGAGGAAAAGGCAGACCUCAUAUUUGAGGAGAGCAUCCAAGAUGGAGCAAGAUAUGCGGAAAGUUAA